CUUUCAAAAAAGUGACAUUUCUCUUUGAAAAUCCAAACAAAUCAACCACAAAUUCCUUUGCAAAAGAUUUGUUUAAAUAAUUUUAUUAAAUAUUUCAAUUUAUUCCAAUAUUUAUUCAUUAUCCAACAACUAUGAAUCAUUUUGAAGAACUAGAAGCCUUGGAUCCACGUAAUACAACAUUUACAACAUCCCGCAUAGACACACCAACUCCACACAAAGUUGCAAUUGUUUUGUUAGUUCAUCAAUAUUUAAAGGCAAAACAAUCAGCUUCAGAACUUGGUUUAAUAUUUCCCGCCCAGUCGCGACAACGUUUCUGUAUGCUUCUACUCAAACUAAUUCAAUAUCCAGACAUGAUGUACAAGGACUUGCACAAUCUGCUGACUUCGAAUCGCUACAAAAUCGAUACUGUCCAUUUGGAAGGAUUCGAAAAAUGCAUGAGUGAUUUGAAUAGUCUCGGUCUCGAGUAUUUAUUUGAUUUAUUCGAAAUGCAGAAUUUUGAUAAAAUUCUAUCCGAUUCGAUUGGUGUUAGCCAAUAUGGAAUAGUUGGACUUUAUAUUCGGCGUGUGGCUGUUAUUCUAGAUCGAAUGUCAUUCCCUGAAAUGUUGAGUUUGUACAAGAACAUCUGUUUGUAUUAUGAAAAGGGUAUUCGCAUGAUGGCAAUUGGUCCGCGUGUGUCCAAUCUCCUUGGUACUUGUACAAACACAACCGACAGCCAAGAAGAUGAUGCCACGAUUGAAGAGGAAGAUUCUCUGCCAACGGCCGAUAAUGCCCAUCAUCAUCGGAAUCCCCAUAGCAAAUGGUCUGCCAAGCAAGCCGAUCUCUUUAUAACCCAACAAUGCAGCUUGCUGGAAAGCAACGAAAUACGUGCCCUCCCGCCCAUCGAAAUGCAAACAAAACUCAAUGAAAUUAUCCAAGACAAUCCAUUGAAUUCGCAAGCAUUCUUCCUCACCUACAUGAAUAACCUUCGAUUGCGGGAUUACUUCAGUUCAGUCGAUGCUCUGCAUCGUGCAUUCGAUCGAAGUCCCAUGCAAAUGAUGACAAACUACGAGCACAAGGGUUUUCAAUUCUUCAGUAUUAACCUGGCAGUGAUGCAUGCUAAUUUUGGCCAUCGUGAGGAGGCGCUGGAAUCUCUCAAAGAAUGCAUAAUGCUUGCCCAGGAAAAUGGUGAUAAACGCUGUCUAGAUUUGGCCAACUCUUGGUACUGCAUUCUCAACAGCAACAAGAUUGAUCCGUUUGAGAAGUGCCUUCCCGAUCUUCAAGAUCCUUGUAUGAUUCAGAGCCUAUCAUUGAGCAUUCAGUUUGUUGUGAAGGUUGGCGCCCAAUGUGGGUAUCUGCCAUUGGAUUUGUUUGAACUUCUCCAGAAGAGUGACGAACUCAAUUGCAAGAAUUCCCUGAUGGACUAUUUCUCUGAUUCUCUGGCCCUUCGGUCGGCUCUUUGGAAUCUUUAUGGUCACAAUGAAAUGGCUUCAAUGUAUGCCCAACUAUUACUCAAGUUGAAAAAGACAUGGGUGUUUGGGGAUGUUGGGAAUAGUGAAAGUGUCUGCAUGGUACUCUGCUGUCUAGCUUUGUGGCUUAAUAUUCAAGGAGAAUAUGCCUUGUCAUCUGUGGUUCUUCAUCACACGAAGGAGAGAUUCCCUCGAAAUCCUUACUCGAAUAGCUGGAUGAUUUGUGAGUGCUAUAUAACAAUCCAUCAGUCAAUACUUCGUUGCAAAUGGGCGGAAGCUUCACGAGCAUGCUGCCAGUUGUAUGUUUUCGAUGAAAAUGCAGCUAUUCUUCAACGUGUCUCAGUGCUAAUUGCUAAGCGGUAUCUGACGACAGCUAGGACAAUGCUGGACAAACUUCUCAUGUCAAGAGAUCUCGAUUGUUUGACACACGUUCGUGCCUUAAUUCUGCUAGCCUAUUCGAUGAUUUCGCAGGACAAAGUCAAUUCCGAAGUAAUUGGAACCUUAAACAAAGCAUCUACAUUGGCACUACAAUCCUAUCUGGAAUACGAAUGGGCAAUAACCGAUAUGAUGUUUGCUCAAGUUCUUCUUCAAAUGCAAAUGCCUCAGAAAGCUCUACAAUCAAUUAAAAAUGGUAUGGAGAAGAUCUAUGCCAAUGGAGGGCUAUAUGAUCGCGCAAAAGCGAGUUUUGUCUAUAUGAGAUGUUUAGUUGCUUCAGCUUUAACAACUGAUCAGAAAAAGAAGUUCUUAAAAGAAUGCCGACAACAAAUCGAUGAAGCUAUUGGUUAUUUUAAGAAACUAGAUGCUUAUGCUAAAGUACUUGAUGUUUAUAGUUAUUUAGCGAAGCAAUACAAUGAACUUGGCAUGAAGCCGGAGCGGAAUAGAUAUGCGGCCUUAUUCAAACAAUAUCACAUGGAAUUCAAUAUUGCCGAAGAGUAUUUAAAUGUUUUCUUUUAACGAAUACUUUUUUUUGUA